CGCGGGCCGCCGGUUCCUGACCACCUUCCCUGGUUUUUGAUGCUGAAUCAGGAUUGUGUUAACUAAAGAUGGAAACACUGGAGUCAGAAUUGACCUGCCCAAUCUGUCUGGAGUUAUUUGAGGACCCCCUCCUGCUGCCCUGUGCCCACAGCCUGUGUUUCAGCUGUGCCCACCGCAUCCUGGUGUCCAGCUGCUCCUCCGGCGAGUCCAUCGAGCCCAUCGCCGCCUUCCAGUGCCCCACGUGCCGCUAUGUCAUCUCCCUCAACCACCGGGGCCUGGAGGGCCUCAAGAGGAAUGUGACCCUGCAGAACAUCAUCGACCGCUUCCAGAAGGCGUCGCUGAGCGGCCCCAACUCCCCGAGCGAGAGCCGCCGCGAGAGGACCUUCCGCGGCAGCCCUACCAUGUCCGUGGCCGGCGAGAGGAUCGCCUGCCAGUUCUGCGAGCAGGACCCGCCCCGCGACGCCGUCAAGACCUGCAUCACCUGCGAGGUGUCCUACUGCGACCGCUGCCUGCGGGCCACCCACCCCAACAAGAAACCCUUCACCAGCCACCGGCUGGUGGAGCCCGUGCCCGACGCGCACCUGCGCGGGCUGACGUGCCUGGAGCACGAGAACGAGAAGGUGAACAUGUACUGUGUGGCUGACGACCAGCUCAUCUGUGCCUUAUGUAAACUGGUGGGCCGCCACCGGGACCACCAAGUGGCGUCGCUCAGCGAUCGCUUCGAGAAGCUGAAGGUAAGGACGGGGGAGCCCCGCGGAGCUCCUGGGGGGGCUGUGACGCUGUGACGUGAACCUGCCUGGGUGAUGUCUGACCUAGAUCAAGUUUGAAAUCCCUCUCCGUGCCCCCUGCAUUCUGAAUGAGCCUGUAAAAGCACUUUGCACUCCCUUGUUUUGUUUGAAGUGAAAAAGCCUCCAGCGGGUCCGGUCCGAGGUGACGCUGCUGAGGCCGCGGCUGAGGCUGCAGCCCUGUUCCCAUCAGAACCCUGCUCACGCCCUCCUCAGCUGCUGCUUCCUCUGCCCUUUCUCCCUUCAUCCCCAGGCUCAUUCUGCCCCAAAAGUGCUUUUCUUGGAUCUUUGACCUGUUCAUGUUCAGAACAAAACCACUCUCUCCACUCUCAUGUAUUUUGAGGGCAGAAGGAAUACUUCAUUGCUCCAACAAAAAUGCGGAACACUUGGGGUGGUUUUUUUUUUUGGGCAGACCAGAUUAUUUUUUCCCUCCUUGAUUUGAAACAAACUGGUGCCUGGAGAGAAAUCUUCCUAGAUGUCCAGUUUCCUGGGCUGGGCUCCCUGCCUCCGAGCUGUCCUGAGCCCGAGUGAGGUG